UGCGACGCGUUGCUCGGUCUCUCCCUCCCUCCCAGGCCUGAAUGCGGCCGGGGCCGGGCUGGCUUCUGUUCCCCCCUUCCCGAGCCGGGCUCCCCGCAAGGCGACGGGGCCCCAUGUGAGGAAGACGGCGGCGAGAAGAUGACCUCGAGGAGAUGGUUUCACCCAAACAUCACUGGCGUGGAGGCAGAGAACCUGCUCCUAACACGAGGAGUUGAUGGCAGCUUCCUGGCCCGGCCCAGCAAAAGCAACCCGGGGGACUUCACCCUUUCGGUUCGACGGAAUGGCGCAGUCACCCACAUCAAGAUUCAGAACACGGGAGACUACUAUGAUCUGUAUGGAGGAGAAAAAUUUGCCACCUUGGCGGAGUUGGUCCAGUAUUACAUGGAACACCACGGGCAGCUCAAGGAGAAGAACGGCGAUGUCAUUGAGCUGAAGUACCCCCUCAACUGUGCUGACCCCACGUCCGAAAGGUGGUUUCAUGGUCAUCUUUCUGGGAAAGAAGCAGAGAAGCUGUUAACAGAAAAGGGGAAACAUGGGAGCUUUCUAGUCCGUGAGAGCCAGAGCCAUCCUGGAGACUUUGUCCUCUCCGUCCGGACGGGGGAUGAUAAAGGAGAGAGCAACGACGGGAAAUCCAAAGUGACGCACGUCAUGAUCCGGUGCCAGGAGAUGAAAUACGACGUUGGUGGUGGGGAGAAGUUUGACUCAUUGACGGACCUCGUCGAGCAUUACAAGAAGAACCCCAUGGUCGAAACGCUGGGCACCGUCCUCCAGCUGAAGCAGCCCCUCAACACCACCCGCAUCAACGCAGCUGAGAUCGAGAGCCGUGUGCGGGAGCUGAGCAAGCUGGCGGAGACCACGGACAAAGUGAAGCAGGGCUUUUGGGAAGAAUUCGAGACUCUCCAGCAGCAAGAAUGCAAAUUGCUGUACAGCCGGAAAGAGGGGCAGCGGCAGGAGAACAAGAACAAAAACCGCUACAAAAAUAUUUUGCCCUUUGAUCAUACCAGAGUUGUCCUCCACGACGGAGACCCAAAUGAGCCUGUUUCUGAUUAUAUAAAUGCCAAUAUUAUCAUGCCGGAGUUUGAGACCAAGUGCAACAACGCCAAGCCCAAGAAGAGCUACAUUGCCACUCAAGGCUGCCUGCAGAACACCGUGAACGACUUCUGGCGGAUGGUGUUCCAGGAGAACUCCCGCGUGAUCGUCAUGACCACGAAAGAGGUCGAGCGGGGAAAGAGCAAGUGCGUGAAGUACUGGCCGGACGAGCACGCCCUGAAGGAGUACGGCGUGAUGCGUGUCCGGAACGUCCGGGAAAGCGCGGCUCACGAUUACACGCUGCGAGAGCUGAAGCUUUCGAAGGUCGGGCAGGGCAACACGGAGCGAACAGUUUGGCAGUACCACUUCCGGACCUGGCCUGACCACGGCGUGCCCAGCGACCCCGGCGGGGUUCUGGAUUUCCUGGAAGAGGUUCACCACAAGCAGGAGGGCAUCUCCGACGCUGGCCCGGUUGUGGUCCACUGCAGUGCCGGAAUCGGUCGGACUGGGACUUUCAUCGUGAUCGAUAUUCUCAUCGACAUCAUCCGAGAGAAAGGCGUGGACUGUGACAUCGACGUCCCGAAGACCAUCCAGAUGGUGCGGUCCCAGCGGUCAGGGAUGGUGCAGACGGAGGCGCAGUACCGGUUUACGUACAUGGCUGUGCAGCACUACAUCGAGACGCUGCAGCGCAGGAUCGAGGAGGAGCAGAAAAGUAAGAGGAAAGGCCACGAGUACACCAAUAUCAAAUACUCUUUAGCGGACCAGGCCGGUGGAGACCAGAGCCCUCUCCCGCCGUGCACUCCGACUCCGACCUGUCCCGAGAUGAGAGAAGAGAAUGCCAUGAGAGUCUAUGAAAACGUUGGUCCGAUGCAGCAGCAGAAGAGCUUCAGAUGAGAUGCCUUGAGAGGAGAACCGAAAUACCAUUUUUAAAAAAAUAAGAGAGUGAAGCGGAAGCGACCUGAGACGCGCCCCACGAUGAGUGGACUUUGACAGCUGCAUCGAGCCUCUUUCUAUUUAUGGUGUUUUAACCCUUCAGUAAUAAGCAGAACUUUAAAGACCAUCUUUCACAGAAACCCUUCACGCCUUUCCUUCAAAGUCUCUGAUUUCUAUCAUGGCUGAUUUGAUUUUAGUUUUGUUUCCAUGCUUGAACACAGAAGGUUCUUUUGCCACCAGCACAGACCAAUACUCUGUUGUACUUGAAAAUCCACUCUCCUCUGGAUUUUAGAAGUUUUUAAGCUGGAUCAAUUUGAAACAAAAACACUGCUUGCCCUUUAAGACAAAAGCGAGGUCAGGUCAGAAAGCGAAGAAAUCAGCUAAGCUCGUCAGGAGCUUGGUCCCCAGGGCCUGUUGAUCAGCCCACUUGAUCAACCAUCCCAUCCUUCUUGUGUUCCGUGUUUGUUCUGGAAACGAAGAUGCUUUUCUACAACUUCCCGUGAUACUUUUUUCUCCAGGUUCAGCUGGUUUGUUCCCUUGGGCAGCUGCUGGGUGCUGUUGUCCGAAGGUAUGUGCAGGUGAUGGGGAGGAGGGGGAGUUCCGUGGACUCGGCGGUGGCGUGGCUUGGACACUCGUGUCGGUGGCGUCUCGGGCCCUCGCCCAGCUCUCUCUGCCUGUUUGCCCUCGUGGUCUACAGAGCGUCUUCUCUGUUCAUGGCCUUCUUGUGAGCAUCCGCUCGGGCGUCCAGCUGGCUGCUGUGGAGGUGAAGCCUGCCCUCCAUUUAAAUGGGAAAAUCGGGUGCGGCAUGCUCUUCUGGCGGGCCUCACCCUCCACCCUCUGACCAGCCUCCUUAAAAACGGGUGGGCGGUUGGGUUUUGUGGCCGCAUUGCAUGGCAGGAGCAUUCCGAGGCGUCACAAGCUCUUCUUGUCCGCGCGUUCCGUUAGCUGUGACAUUCUGUAAUGCUCUGCCUUCUUCCUCCAAGUGCCUUGUCCCCCGUCCACCGGCAGACUCGAUGUCAUCCUCGCCGGGUUGCUUGUCUUCCCUCCCUCCCUGAGCUGCUCCCACUGCGAAAGGCGGCGCUAAACUGCUCUGGCCAGACCCCGUCUCUGGGUGGGAAGCGUUGGCCGUGCUUCCGGGCCUGCAGGAGCGUGCAGACCUGCCUUGGCUUGCCAGCUGCACGUGAGCCAUGUCGCAACGGGUUCCUGCCGCCUUCCUGCCCAUGGUGGGUGGUGGUGAGGACGGGUUCUGAAGGGCUGCCGCGUCCUCUGAGCCCGUGCGGGCGAGAGAGCCUGUCCGGGGGAAGCUUGGUGGGGGAGCUGUCGGGCUGGGUUAGUGAGGUCUCUCCUGGGAGAGUCGGAAACCUAAUGCUCAGGUGGUGCCGCGACAUUUGGCCUUCGCGGGCCGGGCUGCUUGCAUAUCACGCCUGAAUGACAGAAAUGAAAGCUCUGCAUGCGGAGAAGGUGCGUUCGGGGCUCUGAGUCGUGCGAACUGGCGCAGUCUCUCUUUCUUUGAAUGGCUGUUUCUGCAGUUUUGCUCCCUUCCGUGGUUAUUUCUGGCUCCGCGCAUCCUUGGAAGGGCGAAGGGGCUGAUGCCAGAGAUCGUAUCCAUCCAUCCCUCCCUGCCUGCUUUCAAGCCGUUUCACAGCCUUGUGAUCUCAAAGCUUGUCCCUUUUGGGUUAUUUUCGGAGAGUCGGUUUCUCGGGAAACUGAGUUCUGGCCCUACCCCGCAUCGCUCCAAAUGGCAUCGCACGGGCAGCCCUGCUUGCCGCGGGUCCCAGAGCCAAGCGGACGAGGGUGUCCCGAGCCCCCUGCUGCUCCAGCUGGGUAGCCUUUUUCAUCGUGCACCUUGCUUCCAGACUCGGGAACGCCCGUCCCGCACUUUGCCCGAUGUCUUUCGCCUCGCCUCGAAGCGGCCUGCCCGCGGGCUGCGUGCCCCACACCGGCUUUUCCCGCUUGCCCUCGCGGCUGCCCUCCCUCAUCCCCAGCACCGCAGGGGGUCCCCUGUCCGGCUCAGCGGUGGCAGCGGCCAAGAGGCCGGGCCCGGCCGAACGAGUGCCGAUGGAACGGGGGGUGGGGUGGGAAAGCUCUGGGCGAGCCCCAUCGGUUUGCCCUGCCCAGCGGAGUGAAGGCUGGCCGUGCUGUCCGUUUGCCCGCAGGGAGGUAGCGGGAGCGCUCGGAGAGACCCUCUGCCCCACGGCUGGCGGAAGUGCGACCACCGGCUUCCUCCGCCCGCAGCCCCUUUGCUGCAGUGGCCUUGCCCUGCAGUGCGGUUCCUGGAGCGCAGCCUGCCCUGGAAAACACUCCUGCGAGUACACGGUGGCCGCCAGAAAUGCUCUCCCCCAGCCACGGGAGGGACAGACCCCAGGCCGAGGGCACUGCCCCACUGGAGCGCUUGCUGCUUCUGGCAGGAGCCGUGCGGGCAAGACUGCGGCCGCACCGAGGACGCUGUGCUCGGCGGCAGGUGGCUCAGUUCUGGGGGAGGGCGCCCCCCACGUGUCCUCGGAUUUGCUGGCGUUGCGCUGGCGACCUGCGUUUGUAAAGUCCCAUGUGGUGCCUUUCUGGGGGGCUGCUGGGAAGAGACAAGUGUGAAGCCCGGGGUCCUCACCUGGGCACUUCAGCCCCAGUUUGGAGAGGGUGCCCCCGGGGGAGGCGCAGAAACGCUGUUCUCUUUUACUGGUCGUGCCAGGACCUUCGGCGUGCGAGUCCCAGCGAGUCCCCAGAGCGGCCUCUCGCCACCCAGGUGUUCUGGCCGGCAACCCCUGCGGCCCCUGGCCAUCGGGGACGGCUGCUCUGGAAUGCCCGCGUCUCGUCCUGCGAUGCCUUUUUCGGAAGAAAGCCGUCCUGAGCUAGGGAGAGCACAGGGGUGGUUGCCGGGUUGGGUCUCCCUCUUCUGGUGGCCCCUCCCGUUGGGUCACCCACAGAAGGAGUGCUCAGGCUGAAGGGCGCCCCACACCUGCCCCCUCGAGUUGAUGAACCUGGUGCAUUUUUUAAAACAAACCAGCCUCUACCAAAAACAAGCGUAUUAGAGGCAUGGAACUCCGCUGUGAGCAGGACUGAAUACAGGGAAAGGGGAUGCGGCCCUGUCCCCAGCAAACUGGCCGGUCUGAGUUUCAGUUCGUGGCUGUCCAGGAUGCAGGGAUGGGGCACUCGCUUCUCCCCCUGCCCCCGGCCGCCUCUCCACAACCCAGUUGUUGCUGCUGGAGCUGGAGCGAAAAGGCGCCAACGCAAAAAGGAGCGCCCACGGCCUUUGCUGGGUUGUGGUUUGGGGCAGGGGGAAAUGUUUGCCCCGCGCGGAACUGGCAAAGCCUCUUCUCCUUGCCUUGCUUGUUUUCUGCAAGCUCCGUGAGGAAUCUCCAAAAUGGGAUCCUCCACACAUGGCCCCCAGCCCGUGUCUGGAUGGUACAGCCCAGAUCGGCCUUGUGGUGCAGUCCUUUCAAAUGUUUGUUUCAAGUGGCCCCCUUUUCUGUAGGAACAAUGGUUUUGGGAAUGUGUGGAAUGUUUGAAGGGCACGUGAAUGUCUGUUUCUCAAACUUGAAGAACCGUCUUGAAGAUUGUGCGAGGAAAAGAACUUGAAUAAGAGCAUUGGGCCUUGCUGAAAACCAAAAGGAAAUGUAUGUGGUGAUGCGUCGUUGUCGUUGUUUAAAAAGCGGUCUCCUUAACAUGCAGAAUCCCAGAGGGAGUGCUUUCUGCAUAAGCCGUGCUGCAACGAAGCGUUGCAGCAUGCGAUGUCCCCAGCCCCAUGCGCCCCUGCCUGUGCUGAGAAUCAACCGUGGUAGUUCUGUGUUCCAUUUAGUGUCUUAAAGUUUUGAAUGAGUUUUCUCUUCGUAAGAUGGAAUCGUGAACUUAAAAUGGGAAAGGCAAGGGAACAGAAUGAAUCCUGCAUUUAUUUACCAGGUUCAGGUGACCCGUCCCCCACCCCAGAGUUGAAAAAGCAGGCUGGAGUGAAACCUGCUCCCCCACCCCCUGGUGGCCUCCUGGACUACAACUCCCAUAAUCCCCAUCCAGUAUAGCCAUUGGCUGAAAGGGAUCCUUUGCCUCCUUUUUCCAUGCCAGAACCGCAUUGGGAAGGUAGCCUUCUAUUCUGGAACCGUGUUUUUAUAGAAGUGUUUUAGCUUUGGGAUUUCUUUUUCUUGUCAGCUUUUCUGCUCCAAUGGAAAGUUGCAGGAUCUGAAAUGCAGAAUUGGUUGGCUAUGUUCUCCAUUACCAGAAAAUCACGUUUCCCUGCUGAGAGUGUGCAUUCACAGAGCCCCUUCCUUCCGUUUUUGGGAGAGCGCUUCCUCUCCAUGGCCAGUUUUCCUGAUCUUGACUGUGUAGGGCUGAAAUAUCACGAGUCCCUACCAGGCGGCGAUUCCCAGGUCCUGUGGGAACUGUGGGGGAGCAGCUAGCCCACCCCCCGGGGGCCGAUGCCCUCCGUGUCCACAGUCUCCGGUCCGUGCGGCAGCAGAACUGCCAGCUCUAGGACGAGGCUGCCCGUCACAUCUCUGCAUGAGUCCAGGGGCUCCCAUAGCAGUGACUCACACAGGGAGUCGCAGAAGCAGGGCUCCUCUGAAGGCAAGCGAUGGCUUGCUUUUGCGCACACACGUAAGCUUUAGAGAGCGAGCAUCUCAACAGCCGUUGAGAAGAAAGGAGUCAGCAGGUAUUUGGGAAACCCAGACCAAGGGGGCAUGACACCUACCACUGUGCCGCUGCAUAUUGAAUGUUCAAUAAAAACUUUGUUUUUUAAAACUGAUUUUCUUUCUUUAAGCCUCCGAUUAAUUUCGACCAAAUCUUAUCUCUCCUCCCCCAAGUCGUGUGUUUAAAAAAUGACCAUUGAUUAUCUUCUAGUGAUAAGCAAUAGCUUCUGUUAAAAGGUAUUUUCUGGGGAGAAAAUAUGAAAGAACUUAUUGCUAUUAGGGCUGGAAAACUUGAUGACUAGGAACUUGAUGCAUGCAACGAGCAAUUUGAAAUGCUUCCCAGCCCCAGAUGUUCAGAUGGGGAUGGUUGAUAUCAUUUUGUCUUGUUUCUUUCGUUCUUUCUCUGAAUUUUAAUUCUUAUUUCCAUGUAAUUUCAAGCCUGUUUUUCUUUUAUUUAUGAACACUCUUGAGACUUUAAAACAAUAAUGCUAUAAUGGGUCAAUGAGAGAAGAUCUUUGUUAUAUUCAUCUAGGUUGAAAUAGCUGCCUCUCCGCUCCAUUCUUCCCUUUCCUAGCAACGUAUGAAGAAUUGUACCAGAGUAUUAAAUGAAAUGUAAUAUUUUAUUGAGAAAAAAGAAACUCAACCUUUUCCUUUAAAAGGAAUACGUAUAAAAUGUCAUUGCUUUUUACGUGAAUAAUGUCUGUGCCCCCAGUGUGCUCCCCCCCACAUUUAGCAAGAGCCGGAGUCGGAGCCCCCCCGUGCCAGUAAAUGCCUAGCAAAGCCGGAGGGCUCGCACACCGCAGAAGGGCUUCGUCGGACUGCCCACGGUGUUUCAAAGCAACUCAUCUGCUGCCUUUUUUUACCCUCACAUUCUGUAGGCCAUUUUUGCCAGUGUCAACAUGUGACAUUCAAAGGGCAAACAAUAGAUCAUGUAUAGAAAAAUUCGUGAUUGUCUUUUCCCGCCUGUAUUUAUGGGUGUUGAGUCUGGCUGCAUUGCUGGCUAUGCUGUGUGUUGUUGUUUUUUUAAUUGCUCCAAGGCUUAUUAUCAGAGUAAAAGCAUUAUUUGUAAAACAUCUGAACUUAAAAAAGGAAUAAAAAACCCAUUUUCUUAA